UGGCUUCAACGUCCAGUAAUAUUCUCCCAGGUAGCCUCCACGCGCCUGUCACUGAGCCUAUAAGUCAUUGCACGUACUCGGCACAACCGUUUCAAAACCCCAUGUAUAAAACAACCCCAUUCCACACCACCCCUCCUCACUCUGUCUCUCGAACCCACCCAAAUUCCAAUGAGCUUCAACCGCUUCUACGAAACCUGGUUCGACCAAUUGCACCACAUGGUGCACCAACUCACUCAAGCUCGGAAACCACCCACCACCCAAGAAUACAACCACGACCUCCAUCAACUCGUCAACACAGUCACCUCCCACUACGCGGAGUACUACCGUGUGAAGUCACUCGCCGCCAAGAACGACGUCCUCUCCGUCUUCUCUGCGCCGUGGUCCACCUCCCUCGAGCGGUCCCUCCAUUGGAUCGCUGGUUGGCGCCCCACCACCGCGUUCCACCUCAUAUACACCGAGUCUAGCAUCUUCUUCGAGUCCCACGUCGUCGACAUUCUCCGUGGCCUCCGCACCGGCGACCUCGGUGAUCUCACCCCUGGCCAGUUCCACCGUGUCAGCGAGCUCCAAUGCCAGACGGUGCAAGAAGAGAAUGCUAUCACCGAUGAAUUGUCGGACUGGCAGGAUGGUGCAGGUGAUCUCUUUAGGGUUUGUGCGGAUCUGGAGGAGAAGAUGGAACGGCUGGUGGUGAUUUUGGAGAAGGCGGAUGCUCUGAGGCUGAAGACUAUAGGGAGAGUGGUGGAGCUGCUGACGCCACAACAGUCGGUGGAGUUCUUUAUCGCCGCCGCGCAUCUGCAGUUUGGGAUCCGCGGGUGGGGAACCAACCAAGACCUUCGACGCGGAAAUGCGUAAACUUGACUGUAUUUUCAUGGAGGAGAUCGAUCAUUAGGGUUUUUGUUUUGGCAAGUUACAAAAGGAGGUGUAUCAUCUCUAAUUUGGUUGUAACUUGUUGCAUGGUUGUUUCGAAUAAGUGCAAUGUUAUUU